UGAUUACGACUAUUCGCUGCAAUGUAGAUAUAUCUGUUAGAGAAAGAGCGUGUGCCUUCGUCAUCGUGUGUAGAUUUUUUACCAUACUUUAGAAUGGGGUGCUAAAAUUAUGUUGAUUCUAUAGAAGUGAACAAUAGAUUUGGUGAUGUUGGGUUUAGGAUUAUUGUUAUUUCGAGAUAAAACUGCAAGACAGCUUACGUAUACUGUAGUAAUCCGUCAAAAGUCGAGAAAGCUUCAAACGUGUUUGAAGCUUUCGUUUUUGUAUUAAUGGAACUAUGAACCUGGACUCUUUAACGUUUAGCUUAUCUCAAAUCAAUUAUCUUGUCGUAAAUUUAAACAAGAAGAACUUUAAGCAGACGAGUCAAGAGUUGAGUCAGCUUGUCAGUCUAUAUGGGCUGGAAGCAGAAAAUCAACUCUUGAGGUGCCUGCUUUCUGAGGCAGGAAAGACACUCUGGGACAGUGAUCGUCCCAGCUCAACAUACAAUAGCAUCCACGCAUCACUUUUAGGACAACAUUUGGCGUCUCUGCUCCAUCACCCUGCAAAAUCGACUGUAGUCUGCAGGGCGGUUGACCAGCCCGCUCGCGCACUUCAGAAGGUAUUAAAACCCUCAAAUGCGUUACUUAAUCGACUAUCGAGGUUGUUGAAAUUAACUACAGCAGAGGAUGUUGCGUUCUCCUUGGUGUUGAGACGCAAUUCCACAAAGAGUGAAAUCGUAUCACUUGCAAAACAACAUUUGAAGAAAAGAUUUUUGGAUCUAGUGCAGUGCUAUCUCGACGCAGAACGAGGUCAUCAAGUGGAGCGAGCAGGACUUCAGGAAUGCAGCCCUGAAGUUUUGCAAACACUACUUACCAGCCUUGCACACGAAAAUUUUAGAUUGGCAGCAGUGACUAAGGAUUUGUUUUUGAAGCGAUUGAGAGGCGACUUUCCUAGAGAAGUAGUGCCGAUCGUACUCGCUCCUCUGUUGUAUCCGGACGAUACCCAGACUCCUCUUGAGGAGAUGACCACAGCUGACGAUAUGGCCGUAGCCAUGAUGGACAACUCGUUAGCGGAGAUCAUUCGAGAAAUCGGAUACGCGUUUACGUCAUCGGUAGAAGAAUGCAAGAACCACAUGUUGAAUUUUGGCGCACGAGAGCCGACAGCUAUAGAUGUAGCCAGGAUUAUAUCUGUCAUGAUUAGGUAUCAUACAUCUGGUAUACCAGUACCAGAAGUACCACCAAUACAGACGCCUGGUAACUAUUGGAUGACCCAUGAGUCCAAAAAAGAUCUACAAAAUGAAUGGAACGCCGAAGUCUUUGUACAGACAUUGAAAGAUCUCGCAUCGAAUCUAAAUUGGAAAGAAGUAAUAUUACAACUGGAUCAUCCAGAGUUCCUUGUCCCUGAUAGAAUUGGCUUGAGCCUCCUCUUUACCAUUCUACGAAUGGGUUUGCAGAGUGCUGGAUAUCCAGCAAACGUAUUUCCCACAGAAUAUCUUUAUCGUAGAUGGACAAACCUGGAUGGACAGAUGUCGCUUAUCACCCACGUACUAAAGCAUCCAGACAUCUUCAGUUUUGCCGAUUACCCCUAUCACCCUGUAUCAAUAGACAUAUUGAAGUCACCUCCUGAAGUAGACAACAAGGAAGUGGGAACAUGGCGUUGCCUGUAUUUGAUAGAAUUACUAAUACAUGCCGCCGAGCGUGGUUAUUACAUGCAAGUUCACGAACUAUUCAAGAUGCCACUCCAGCAUUGUCCCGACAUUCUGCUGUUGGCAUUAAUACAGAUAGGCCCGCCUAUCACUGUUUUCAGAACGGAGUUGUUAACAACUCUUUUUCCAAUUUUUUUAGGAAAUCAUCCAAACUCAGGCAUCGUCCUGCAUCACGCUUGGCAUACACAAAAUCCCAAUGUAAAGCCUCUCAUUAUGCAUGCAAUGGCCGAUUGGUAUCUGCGUGGUGAAAGUGAUCAGUCCAAACUGUCCAGGAUUCUGGAUGUGGCGCAAGAUUUAAAGGCUCUUUCCCUUUUGUUAAAUGUUCAAUCAUUCCCAUUCGUGAUUGACCUGGCGUGCUUAGCGUCUAGGCGAGAAUAUCUCAAAUUAGACAAGUGGUUGACCGAUAAAAUAAGGGAUCAUGGCGAAUCUUUCGUCUCAGCUAUGGUGAAGUUUUUACAGCGGCGAUGUCCGCAAAUACUGGGCAAGGGUCCAGAGGAGCAAUUGCCGAAGGCCGCACAACUGCCGCCAGACACCAUCACUACUAUGUUGGCUUGCCUUCAGCUAUGUAUUCCUAAUGUGCAGCCAGAGUUGCAGGAAGCCAUAUACAACGUAAUAGCCGCUUGCCAGACCGUAAUACUGAGUAAGACAAGGUCUAAUAUCGCCGGCAUAGCUCGGCCUCAUAAUAGAAUAUUGGAGACACCUUUCAAUCCAGCUGGUCUUGGGGGCCAACUAUUUACUCCACAUGUUGAUCCUAUAGUCAAUUUAACGCCUAACGUAGCGAAUUUGAGUUUAGGAGCUCCUGGUAAUACCGCGUUUGCUAUGCCUGGAACGCUUGGACCCUUGGUAACGGCGCCUGGGUCUCCAGUGAGAUUGAUGGGUGCUGGACCCAACAGCCCCUUUGCUAUGAUGCCAAUACAGCACAAUCCGAACGUAGCGAAUAUUGGUGCGCUUGCUAGGAUGGCUCCGGCUCCGAUGAUGGACAAACCGCGUUUGCCGGAUCCUAUUCAUUUCCCUGAGAUGAUGCACAACGUUGCGAAGGAGAUAGAAGAUGAAGCCAACGGAUAUUUCCAGAGGAUAUACAAUCAUCCUCCGCAUCCUACACUGUCUAUAGAUGAGGUACUUGAUAUGCUUAAGAAGUUUCAAGAUUCGCCCAGUAAAAGAGAACGUGAAGUAUUCUCGUGCAUGCUUAGAAAUCUGUUCGAGGAAUAUAAAUUUUUCCCACAGUACCCUGACAAAGAGUUACACAUAACAGCACAGUUAUUUGGUGGGAUUAUUGAGAAAGGAUUGGUGCCGAGUUACGUAUCUCUGGGUCUUGCAUUGCGUUUCGUCCUUGAUGCAUUACGCAAGGCGGAAGGUUCGAAGAUGUAUUACUUCGGCAUAGCAGCCCUAGACAGAUUUAAGUCGCGCCUCAAAGAUUACCACAAAUAUUGUGAGCACGUGCGGGCGAUACCGCAUUUUAGUGAAUUUCCACCACAUUUAAUAGAAUAUGUCGAAUACGGUCUACAGAGCCAGGAGCCACCGACCAAGCCCCAGGGUCCAGUGCUCCCGGCAAGCUUGGCCGCCAUGUUGAAUCAGACUGCUGUCGUCACUGUCACAGCCCCAUACAGGGCGAUGGUUUGCGCGCCAGCGGCGAUCUCAGUAAUGUCGAAAGUGGCGGUUUGCCCCGGUGGUAGUCUGGGCAGUAGACCUUCUAUAGCCAACGCCACCAAUAUUGACACACUCCUCACAGCUACAGAUCGGGAAGAAAAGAUCAACUCACCUCCAGAACCGAUUCAAGACAAGACAGCAUUCAUUUUCAAUAACCUCAGUCAAUUAAAUUUACAGACGAAAUGUGAAGAGCUCAAGGAAAUUAUUACAGAAGAAUAUUUCCCAUGGCUUUCCCAAUAUCUAGUCAUGAAGCGUGCCUCUAUAGAGCUUAACUUCCACGCAUUAUAUUCCAAUUUCCUUGACGUUCUUAAAAUCCGCGAAAUAAACAAAAUGGUUACAAAAGAGACGUAUCGUAACAUAAGAGUGUUGCUGCGCUCAGACAAGGGAAUAGCUAAUUUCUCGGAUCGAUCGUUGCUCAAGAAUCUUGGUCACUGGCUUGGCAUGCUGACUCUAGCGAGAAAUCAGCCCAUUCUUCAUGUGGACCUUGAUUUGAAAGCUCUACUACUGGAAGCUUAUCAUAAAGGACAGCAGGAACUGUUAUACGUCGUGCCUUUCGUCGCCAAAGUUUUAGAAUCGUGCGCCAAAAGCGUCGUGUUCAAACCUCCCAAUCCAUGGACCAUGGCUUUGAUGAAUGUUCUAGCAGAACUUCAUCAAGAGCCUGACUUGAAAUUGAACUUGAAGUUUGAAAUUGAAGUGCUUUGUAAGAAUCUUAGCUUAGACAUUGCCAAUUUGAAGCCGUCAAUCUAUUUGAAAGAUCCGGAGAAACUGAGACUGAUUGAAUUUCAACUGUCGCAGCCAAAACCGAACAAGGAAGUGGUUGCCGCAAUGCCUGUGAAUCAAUCGAUGGUGCCACCUCCGCAGAUGACAAUGAUGCCUCCGCCGAUGAUUCCGACGGAAGACAUGACGGUCCCAGCCCCUAUGCCUACCGGUGGCCUCGUGCCCAACGACCCCCACCUCAUGGGCGUGUUGGGCCUCCCCGAGCCGCGAUUUAACUAUCUAGACGUGAAUGUGUCGUCCACCUCUGCUUUCGGACAGAAGAUAUCUUUCAAUCCUCACAUCAUACUGUUCCAGAACUAUCCACACUUGAAACAGUUUGUUAAGCCCGCGAUCGAACGUUCGAUCCAAGAAUGGAUACACCCUGUUGUAGACAGAUCGAUAAAAUACGCUUUGACGACUUGCGAACAAAUUAUAAGGAAAGACUUCGCACUUGAUCCUGAUGAAGUGCGUAUGCGAACGUGCGCUCAUCACAUGAUGAGAAAUCUGACGGCAGGUAUGGCGAUGAUCACCUGUCGAGAACAGAUCAUCAGUACCAUCAGUGCCAACCUGAAAACUGCGUUUAUCACUGCUUUGAUGCCUUCUACUCAACAACAGAAGGAAAUAAUUGAAAGCGCGGCUGCAGUACUCGCUACAGAAAACAUGGAACUGGCCUGCGCUUUUAUUCAGAAAACAGCUGUCGAGAAGGCUUUACCCGAACUCGAUAAACGUUUAAUGAACGAUUACGAAAUGAGAAAAAUCGCCCGCCAAGAAGGCAGGCGGUAUUACGACGCCAUGGUAGUGUCUUACCAGACCGAGAGAAUACCCGAACGUGUUCGAUUGCGUGUCGGUGGACCCGUCGACCUGCAGAUAUCUGUUUACGACGAAUUUGCUUGCAACAUUCCCGGCUUCGUGCCUGUAAGAGAUGCCGGCAUAUUCAUCCCGAAGCCAUCUGCGCAGGAGCAGAUGCCGCAACUGACUUUCAGUCAGGUGAUCAACCCGGCACAACUGUAUGGCACGGACGAGAUGAGCGCGCUGAUCACUUCAGCAGAGAUGUUCUUGGCUAACUCGCUGGGCGUGGCUUCAUUGACCAUGCAAUCUGCCAAUAUGCACGCUCUGCUUGAGUGCAUGUUCAUAGCACGGAGGAAUCGCGAUAUAGUUUCUGGUUGCACAUUGUUGCAAAAGGCAGUGGAAGGUAUUCUGGACGGUCACAUUGUUCAGUCCGCUGUGAGCAGCGAACAUAUUGAAAUGAUGGGCCGCUACCGUGACAUCCAUCUGCGCGUGUUGAAGCUUCUCGAAGACGCGCGGGUGUACGGCCACGUCUGGACCACUAAGCAGAUCACGUGCUGCAUCACCGAGUGCCGCGAGGAGCUGCGGUACAACAUCGAGGCAGUGGACUGUCUCAUCAGGAACCACCUUGUCAAUAUGCCCCAGUAUGACAUCGCAAUGGCUCACAUGAUGGACAAUGGUAAUAACUAUAUGGCUGUAGCUUUUGCGAUGCAGCUGGUCCAGUUGUACCUUGUUGACGACAGAAACAACAUGUAUGUCAACGAAUCCGAUUUGUACCACACCACGGAGACACUCGUGAGGAUUGUGUCCAUGUCUCGACAGCCGCCGCCCGAGGGUCUCGGCUCGCUUAUCGAGAUUCUGAGGGUUAAUCAGGAUCCAAGCGCAUAUCUAGGCGAAAGAUCACCGUUAGGCCCUACUGCGCACAUACACUCUGGCAUUUUGCAAGUUCGGUCACAAAACUACGACGACCCACCAGGCCUUCAGGAGAAGACUGAGAAUCUCCUCCGCGAGUGGAGGAACGUCCUGCUCAGCCCGUUGACUGAGAUCGAACUAGCACAGAACUUCAACUUGUAUGUGCACAGGAUGAACAUGAAUGGCAUACUCAAGUCGGAUGACAUGAUCACACGCUUCUUCAGAAUCGCCACGCAAAUGUGCAUCGAGAAUGUUUACCAACAACUAAACGAAGAUCGUCUCAACCCACCGCCGGUUCCUCCCAAAAGGGACAAAUACUACACCAUGUGCGACUCCUUCAUUAAACUGGUGUCGUUGCUUAUCAAGAACACGGCGGAUAGCGGCAACCCUACGCCCAAGUUGAAUCUUUUGAAUAAGAUUCUGGGAAUUAUUGCUGGCUGCCUGCUGCAAGACCAUGAAGAGCAUGGUGUCAACUUCCAACAGCUCCCAUACCACCGUCUGCUGCUCAUUCUGUUUCUCGACAUGAACAUGGCUGAGCCAGUUCUUGAAUCUAUGAACUAUCAGAUUCUCACCGCGUUCUGCCAUACACUACGCAUUAUCCGGCCCGGUGUUGCCCCCGGUUUCUGCUACGCUUGGCUCGAAGUGGUCGCACAUCGAGCCUUCGUCAACAGAGUACUUGCCGUCACGCCACAGCAAAAGGGCUGGGGCAUGUAUUCGACGCUGCUGAUCGACUUAUUCAAGUUCCUCGACCCGUUCUUGCGCAACACUGAGCUCGCGGCACCAGUCAUGAUGCUUUACAAGGGCACACUUAAAGUGCUGUUGGUUUUGCUUCACGACUUUCCUGAAUUCCUGUGUGACUACCACUACGGCUUCUGUGACGAGAUACCGCCUAAUUGCAUCCAAAUGAGGAAUCUAAUUCUCUCGGCGUUCCCAAGAAACAUGCGCCUCCCGGACCCUUUCACUCCCAAUCUGAAGGUAGAUCUAUUGGCUGAGAUCACGCUGUCGCCGCGCGCAGUCGUCAACUAUGCCACGAUGAUACCUUCAUCACAGUUCAAGAAGGACCUCGACGCGUAUCUGAAAGCGCGUGCUCCUGUCACUUUCCUUUCAGAAUUAAGGAGCAAUAUGCAGAUAAGCGACGAUCCGGCGGCGACCGAGCCCGGCCGACGAUACAACAGCCAGCUAAUGAACGCGGUAGUGCUGUACGUAGGCACACAGGCGAUCGCACACAUACGCGCCAAAGGACAGACGCCGAACAUGUCCACCAUCGCGCAUUCGGCGCACAUGGACAUCUUCCAAAACUUCACCGUUGACUUCGACUACGAGGGACGAUACCUGUUCCUGAACGCAAUCGCGAAUCAGCUGCGGUACCCGAAUAGUCACACGCACUACUUCUCGUGCUGCCUGCUGUACCUGUUCGCGGAGGCCAACUCGGAGGCGGUGCAGGAGCAGAUCACGCGCAUGCUGCUCGAACGGCUCAUCGUCAACAGACCACAUCCGUGGGGGCUGCUCAUUACAUUCAUCGAGCUCAUCAAGAAUCCCAUCUACAAGUUCUGGACUCAUGAGUUCGUGCAUUGCGCUCCAGAGAUUGAGAAAUUGUUCGCGUCUGUCGCGCGCUCGUGCAUCUCGGACAAGGCCGGUGGCGGAGGGCUUGAACGGGAGAUAGCCGAGUAGCGGCGCGCCAUUUGGGAGUCUGUCACGUUCCAGACCGUGUUCCUUGGUCCGACAUUGGCAGACUUCCAAGCAGAGGCAGCUGCAAGGCCAGCACCUCCGCCACCCCCGCCCAAGCCUCAACCACAGCCUUCUACUUCAGCUGGAACUUCAGCUUUCCUGUGGAACCAAUUGUUUAAACGUUAAAUAUACGUGAUAGUGCGCAGUUAUCCGUUCAGAACAAUUGUAAUGCGUGAAAUGAUAAUUCAUCAUAAUAAAUUGGUAAAUCUGAUAAUAGAUGACAGUUCAUACUGUGUUUCGGUCGUACAGAAACCGUUCAUAUGAUCAAGAAACAUUCUCUAGGAUUUGUGUGACUUAAUAUUAACUCUAUAAGUUAUGUUGCCAGUGUGCGAAAUGGUAGAAAUAAUAAUUUAAAAAAAUCGUAUGUUGAUAUCCAAGCUAUGAUUUAAAAUUUGAAAUGUGGAAUGGUCUACAUGGAGGUCGUUGAUUAAACAUGGACCGCUAAAUAAUAAUUAUAAGUCUCUCGAGUGAUAAAAGAAAGUUGUAAAAUAUUGCUGUUUUUAGUAUUGAUUGAUAUAUUGUUAUGGAUUUAUCGUCAAGAUUUUAUUAGAUUGGUUUUAAAUUUGUCCCCUGUUGACGCAUGUUAUAAUGUAAUUCAAUUGUAUAGUUUAAACGAUUUUAUACUUGUAGACUUGUAGAGUUGAUGAGACAUGUUGGGGCCAUGAGGACUUAACAAUUUUUUCAUUAAAAAAAUCCUAGUUUUGACUGCAUCAUGGUCGCUCACCUAAAUAGUUUAACACUACUUUAAUAUACCAAUUAAUGAUGCGUGGAUGCGUAAAUUAAGUUUGUAUUUUUUGUGUUAAAUUACUUAAGAUAAACGACGUAAUCGCAUAGUGUGCGCAAAUUUGAUCAUGCUAAAUAAUAAGUAGAGGAGUAUGUUAUAAUGAUUGUCAUAACAUUAUUGCUAGUAAAUAUUGUCAUUUGAAGUAAUUACAAUACGAUUUGCAAAGUUGGAUAGCUGUGUUGAUCCGAGAUGGGUUGCUUAGUAUAUUUAAAAUUGCAGGGGUGGUGUGAAAAGUGCGGCACCUAAAUAAUUACGCGUAGUUUACUCCACAUGGACGGGGGUCUGUUGUGCUGGUCCCGCGCACAUCGAGCUGCACGGAGAGUUCGCGCGACCAGCCUGACCGACCGCGGAACUUCUCUAGAUCUAUAAUAUAAAGUGUAAACAUUAAGUGAUAACUCGAUUGACUGAGCAGCGCUCAGCGCCGCUAACAUAGUCUCUUCUACACCGCAUUUUGCUUAUAAACUAUUUUAUUCAGAGUUUUAACCAUCCAUUAUUUUGUCGCUUCUACCUUGCCAGUGUUGUAAAAGGGACAAAACAAUGUUUACAAAGUUUAUAAGUGAGGCGGUUAAUAUUUAGUAAAUAUAUUGAGUAUAGCGACUAACUUAAGUUUUCAAAUAUAAUGACAUAAUAUUAUAAUGUAAAGUUUUAUAGUUCUUAUUCAAAUGUAACUUAGGGUGGUCUAGUUUAAUGUUUUUAAGUAUCCUUCUCGUAUUGUAAUCUAACUGAUUUAAGCAAUUGUGUUUUAUUAAAAUUAUUUUUUCAUAA